CCUCUCCCUCUCGGAGAACAGCAGCACAGGAGCUGCCUCGUCUUUCACGGAGGAGAUUCCCGAAAGCCGGAGUAAUAGCAAAACCCCAUACAGCCAUGGCAGAAAACGCCGGCUUGGAAAACCACCGCAUCAAGAGCUUUAAAAAUAAAGGACGUGAUGUCGAGACUAUGCGAAGACAUCGAAAUGAGGUGACGGUUGAAUUGAGAAAGAACAAACGAGACGAGCAUCUACUGAAGAAGAGAAAUGUCCCGCUGGAGGAGAGUCUGGAGGACUCUGAUGUCGACUCCGACUUCAAAGGACAAAAUGUUACGCUUGAGGCCAUCUUACAGAAUGCCACCAGUGAUAAUGCAGUAGUCCAGCUCAGUGCUGUACAGGCAGCCAGAAAACUGCUCUCGAGUGACAGAAACCCUCCGAUCGACGACUUGAUAAAGUCUGGGAUCCUGCCCAUUUUAGUCAAAUGCCUGGAAAGGGACGACAACCCCUCUCUCCAGUUCGAGGCGGCCUGGGCUCUGACCAACAUCGCCUCGGGGACGUCGGCACAGACUCAGGCCGUGGUUAAAUCCAGUCCAGAUGCAGUGCCUCUGUUCCUGCGACUCCUACACUCUCCCCACCAGAACGUAUGCGAACAGGCUGUAUGGGCUUUAGGAAACAUUAUAGGUGAUGGUCCACAGUGCAGGGAUUAUGUCAUCUCCCUGGGCGUGGUCAAGCCGCUGCUUUCUUUCAUCAACCCGUCGAUCCCCAUCACCUUCCUCCGCAAUGUCACCUGGGUCAUCGUUAACCUCUGCCGCAAUAAGGACCCCCCGCCCCCUAUGGAGACAGUCCAAGAGAUUUUGCCCGCCCUGUGUGUGCUAAUAUAUCACACUGAUAUAAAUAUCUUAGUAGACACGGUGUGGGCUCUGUCCUAUCUGACGGACGGAGGCAACGAGCAGAUCCAGAUGGUCAUCGAUUCGGGAGUCGUUCCAUUUCUUGUGCCUCUCCUCAGCCAGCAGGAGGUCAAAGUUCAGACGGCAGCUCUGAGGGCAGUGGGGAACAUUGUGACCGGGACAGACGAGCAGACGCAGGUUGUUCUGAACUGCGACGUCCUCUCACACUUCCCCAACCUGCUCACACACCCUAAAGAAAAGAUCAACAAGGAAGCGGUGUGGUUCCUGUCCAACAUCACAGCAGGGAACCAGCAGCAGGUCCAGGCUGUGAUCGAUGCAGGGCUGAUUCCUAUGAUCAUCCACCAACUGGCUAAGGGUGACUUUGGCACACAGAAGGAGGCAGCGUGGGCCAUCAGCAACCUCACCAUCAGCGGGAGGAAAGACCAGGUGGAGUUCCUGGUGGAGCAGAACGUCAUCCCUCCCUUCUGCAGCCUGCUGUCGGUGAAGGACUCUCAGGUGGUGCAGGUCGUCCUGGACGGCCUGAAGAACAUCCUCAUCAUGGCGGGAGACGAAGCCAGCACCAUCGCCGAGAUCAUCGAGGAGUGUGGAGGUUUGGAGAAGAUAGAAAAUCUGCAGCAGCAUGAAAAUGAGGAUAUCUACAAACUAGCCUUUGAGAUUAUUGAUCAGUACUUUUCAGGAGACGAUAUUGAUGAAGACCCCAGCUUGAUCCCGGACACCACUCAAGGAGGAACCUUCAACUUUGACCCAGCUUCCAACAUGCAAACAAAGGAGUUUAAUUUCUAAAAGCUAGGAUUUUUAGUUCAACCAGCUGCACGGGUACUCUGUAAUCACCCCAGACAUUCAUCCAUCUCUCCUCCAACCUGGCAACCUGGUACUGAAGGAUUUACUUAGCAUCACUUCAACAUGGAAACUCACCACUGAAGGAUUUACCCACCCCACCUCCUGCACUGCGGGGUGUUUUUCUUUUAUGUUUGUUAAUCAUCCUUCACCGAACACGACUACCCUACAUCGGAGUUCAACAGGCACCGUCACAACCUGGCAACCUGCAUCAGGAGGGUUGCCAGUUUUAAAUAAAAACCAGAAGGAAGAGAAAGCCUUCAUGGCAAGCUUCAAUUGCCAAAUGUCCAGUUUUCACAAAGACAAAAAAAACACAAGCACAUUUUCAGACACACACACACACACACAGAAACACUUUUUGACACUUUGAAUUUGUGUGCAUACUUCUGUUAGAAGCCAUCAUAUCACUUAUGGGGAAGAAAUACUGCUGUUUGUUUGUGGUUUAUUCUGUGCUUUCCCUCCCCUGGAUUGUCUUCUGGUGUUACUUCACCUACGCGCACGCACACUUGACCUACACACACACACACUAACGCACGUCAACACACUUGACCUACACAGAUUCCCAUGGGCCGGGCACCCCAAUAAUCCUCUCUCACCCAGUUUUAAAGAGUUAAUCCCAGAGCUAAGCCAUGAUUAACCGCGGACUCCCCGCUGCCCCCCUCAAUGAUCGUCCUGGGGCAGGUGGAGGGGGGGGAAAGGGCUCCGAGGCAACAACAAAAAAAAGGACUCCGUGGCAGACUGACUGACGGGACUUCUGACUAGAUGGCGUCACUUUUUUUUAACGUGACCUCUGUUGAAACUUUGUUUAAAAAAAAAAAAAGAGAAACCAUCAAAAAUGUGAAGAAAAUGCCAUAAAUCUGUUUUUUUUUUUUCCUCCAAUUCAAACGAUCCUGCUUGAUUUUGAUUCAGCAGGACGACGACAGUUUUUUCAUUUUUCGGACGUGAAUACCUGUCACGGGAGGAAGCCCCUUUGGGUGAAGACGUAGAGACUUUAGAGAAGAGGAACAUGUCAGCCGAAGCGUUUCAUCCCCUGCAGGACAUCCGUCUGUAGGACAUGAGCUCGGUCACGUCCUGUGAUUUUGUUCGGGACUCCCCUGUAAUGUGAAACUUUUAAGAGGGAUGGGGGGGGGGGUGUUAACAAUAAGAGAGCUAAAAAAACGACCUGAAUUGCUUAUCUGACCUUUAAGAUUAUUUUAAUUGUUUUAAAUUCAAACAUAUUUUAGGUUUCAGCUCCUUGGUUGAGUCUGUGGAGCUUCCAUAAUGUUUAAUUUUUUCCUUUUCUUCAGUCUUAUGCACACGUCAGAGAAGGCAUUUUGAUGUCUGCCUGUAGAAAGGGGACCUAUACUCAUUGAACACUACACUUAUAUAACGAGUACAGGUCCUAAACACACUACUUAACUACUUUCUCUCUUUGAAGAGGUCACAUGUCAUCACUCAAUUUGAAUAAUUGUACAAAAAAUGUGAUGUGUACCUCUCCUUGCCGUCUAAUGAAUAUAUGAAUAUAUUUACAUAAAGCCUGUACAAAGCUGCUGCAGCUGACAGUCAUUGGAAGGACGAUUUACUGUCAAAGAUGGCUGGGGAGGUUUUUUUUUUCUUUUUCGUUGAAGCAAUAUUUCUUUGUUUCAAUGUUUUUAUUUCUGACUUGCAUAUGUAUUGUGAUGACAUGCUGAUAAAUUGGAACAGGCAGUUUUUUUUCUUCUUCUUCUUCGUAGUAGUAAUGGUGACGGGCUUUUAAAAAAUGUGCCGUCCCAGUUGGUGUGGGGGGUGCGGGUUCACGGCGUCAAACUUUGAACCCGACCUUAGCCCUGGUCUCGAAGACUUUAUGAUCCUCUGGUUGGCUGCUAACUACUGAGAGGGGGUCCGAACAGGUGGGUAGGGGGAGGGUCACACUGGGGUUUUACGUAUUGGGUGGGGUUGUUAUGAGCAGCCCAGGCUUGUUUUUGGGACUAGCUGUUUAUUACUGAACAAAACUAUACAGAGGGUGUACAGUCAUGAACUAGCAGACUAGACCGAGCCACUUUAAAGAUUUACAAUUUCGUUGCCUUGUAUCCGAAUUGGAUACAAGCUUAUGUUUGUUGCAAGAUUUUUACUUGCUAAUGAAAAGUUGUUUUAAAUAAAAUAUUUGGAGAAGAAGCAACAGACAGCGUUUUGGCCUCUGAUUGUUUAUAUCUUUUUAUAAAUUUUAGAUUGAAUUCCUCUCUUUAAGGUGGCUCAUUGAUGCGUUCAACUCUUGUGUAUAUUAAAGACAGGAAUGAGUUGAAAAUCAUUGUGCCUUUUGUUUUUCAUUUCAACUAAAACUCGGUUUUAUUGAAUAGAAACAAUUCUUUGAGUAGCUGGAGACUUUCUAGGGUGGGAGAUACAGAGAUGUGUGGUCUCCCUGUUUUCUGGAGUUUGCCAUUGGCUGCUCUCUGCUGUGAGAGUAACCGCUCCCCUCCAAAUCUUAUUCACUAAACAUUGUAACACACCAUUUCUCCCGCUCAUUUGCCCCCACCCAACACCACAAACCAUCUUUGCCAUAUUUCAGUCAGGGGAUUUUGAUCUCAUCUCACCCUCAGGACAUGAUCUGUGUGUUUGAUCCUAACCAAAAUAAACUUGCUGUUUAGCCGUUGGAUCCUC